GCAACGGGCGCGAGAGAUACCGAGGAGGGGGGAAGCCCGGCUGAACGCCUCGAGAAGAUGAUCAGCUUUUUCUGACACGAUGAAGGAAAAAUGUGUGUUUAUACGUCUCGAGCGGUGCUCGAGGACCUGCAGGUUCCGUUAGUGCCAGAUGACGCGGAUCAGGCCUAAUUGAGUCGUAGAAGAAGAGCAAGAACACCAUGGCCUCGUUGAGAUGCUGUAGCCACAGUGUUGCUGUGGUCACCUAGAGGAGUCAGUUCACCGAAGGGGAAAGGACGAGGGAGGUGAAAUACACGAAUUUGUGUCUGGUGUCGACUUCAUCAGAGCGAACACUGAGUUGGUGAGUGGAGGUUCUAUCGUUAACGCCGAGGCGGUAUGGGAUCAUGUGACCAUGGCGGACCGUGAGUUGGCCUUUAAGGCCGGUGAUGUCAUCAAAGUGCUGGACUCGUCCAACAGGGACUGGUGGUGGGGACAGAUUGAUGAUGAGGAGGGUUGGUUUCCUGCCAGCUUUGUUCGGGUGGACCCGAACUCCACCCAGCCUCCACCCAAGCAGCAACUUUUAUACAUCAACCCAGUCGUCGCUCCGCUGAAGCUGUGGGCGAAUCAGGAGGAGUCAGUGUUGGUGGAUCCAGCAGAGGGCAGUAGUGAGGUUCAAAAUGGUCAUGCUGAGGCGAGUCCAAACCCAAGCAGUGAUUGUGUGUGUUUGAGCCAGGCAGUGCAGAACCGAGACCAGAUGAGGGCCAACGUCAUCAAUGAGAUCAUGAGCACCGAGAGACACUACAUCAAACACCUAAAGGACAUCUGUGAGGGUUAUCUGAAGCAGUGCAAAAAGAGGAGAGACAUGUUUAACGAUGACCAGCUGAAGGUGAUAUUCGGGAACAUCGAGGACAUUUACAGGUUUCAGCUCGGCUUUGUUCGAGAUCUGGAGAAACAGUUCAACACUGAAGAACCUCACCUGAGUGAAAUUGGGCCCUGUUUCCUUGAGCAUCAAGACGGAUUCUGGAUCUACUCUGAGUACUGUAAUAACCAUGUAGACGCGUGUAUGGAGCUCACACGUCUCAUGAGAGACAGCCGGUACCAGAACUUCUUUGAAGCUUGCCGAUUGGUCCAGCAGAUGAUAGACAUCGCUAUCGAUGGCUUCUUGCUAACUCCUGUCCAGAAGAUCUGCAAAUAUCCUCUGCAGCUAGCAGAACUGCUGAAAUACACUGUACAAGAGCACAGUGAUUACCGCUACGUCGCUGCAGCGUUGGCUGUUAUGAGAAAUGUAACUCAACAGAUUAACGAAAGGAAACGAAGACUGGAGAACAUCGACAAAAUCGCUCAGUGGCAGGCGUCCGUACUGGACUGGGAGGGUGACGAUGUCCUGGAUAGGAGCUCUGAGCUGGUGUACACCGGAGAGCUGUCCUGGAUCUAUCAGCCUUAUGGGAGGAGCCAAACACGUGUCUUCUUCCUGUUUGACCAUCAGAUGGUCAUCUGCAAAAAGGACUUGAUUCGACGAGAUAUCCUUUAUUAUAAAGGACGAAUCGAUAUGGACCGUUACGAGGUCUUGGACGCUAUAGACGGCAGAGACGAUGAUUUUAAUGUCAGCGUGAAAAACGCCUUCAAACUGAGCAACAAAGACUCGGACGAAAUCCACAUUUUCCUCGCCAAGAAGCUGGAGGAGAAAAUCCGCUGGCUGCGAGCGUUUCAGGAAGAACGCAAGAUGGUGCAGGAAGACGAGAAGAUCGGGUUUGAGAUCUCAGAGUAUCAGAAGCGCCAGGCGGCUCUGACGGUGAGGAGAGUAACCAAACAGAAAGGUGUCGGACGGUCGGCCCCGCCCUCCUACCCUCCCCCUCUCGACCCUGCGAACCCGGGUCAUUUCCUCCUCCCGGACGGAUACGAGUACGAACCCAAACGCAGCACGUCACCUUUCUGGCACAACAUCAGCCGCUUAGCGCCCUUUAAGAAAUAGCCCCCGAGCGAUCUUCGAACCGAGUAAACCACCAAUGAACAAGAACACUGACGUAAUGAAGAAGAAGAAGAAGAAGAAGCAGAAGAAGAAGCAGAAGAAGAAGCACCACCCCGGAAAAAAUCACCACUGAGCGAAAAUACACAGACUGCUGCGAUUUUCUCUAACAAUCAAACGUUAAAAAAAAAAGGAGAAGCACUAUCCUAAAUAUCUUUCUUUUUUUUUCUUUUUUUUUUUAGGACGAGAGACUCACACACACACACACACACACACACACACACACACACACACACACACACACACACACACACACACACACAGCUGAAGAGAAAAAGCUGUAAUGGGUUACGGCGCCCCCUGAUGGACUGGAUGCACUAAACUGUAUACAUAUGACAUAAUAGACACUGGAGAAAUACACACACACACACACACACACACACACACACACACACACACACACACACACACAGUAAUGGUUAUACAUAUGUAAACCUAACCACAAGCCCUACGUCGCUACGUUCCUUCGUCCGAUGGGAUUUUCGAUAAGUGUUUUAUUUCCCUUUCUCUUCAAACGUGUGAAGAAUCAUUUCCAUGUUUUGAAGGAAGAAAAAAAGAAACGCGCACACACACACACACACACACACACACACACACACACACACACGAUAAAGCACUAACGACUCUCCGCUCUCUAGCGCCGCCCUGGUGUUCCUCCGUGCACUGUGACUAAUCGGGGCAUUUCUGUCUCUUUCUUUCUCGAUCUCUCGUUUCCUCUCACAGCUUCAGACCCAUCGGUUCUACUGUACACUUUGGAGAUGUUUUUUUUUUUCUUCUUCAGUGUGUGUGGAGUUUCUCUGUGUGUUGCAUUCUAUCAGUUCUGCAUGAAAAUACGAACCGGUCCGAUUACAGGUAUUUUAUAUUCUUACGGGUCAAAGUCGUUAAAAAGAGAAACAUUUUUGUACCGAACAACUGAAAAAAAUAUAUUUUUCUCCAUCUGAAGGUUUUUCCGGCUUCGGAGCCGCGAGUCAAACCGCUGGGACGUUUCUUCUCCUUCAUCAGUUUUAUCGGUUUAUAUGUUCAUCGUUCAGGGUUUCACUAACUGACCUACACCACUACGUAUAUCUAGGGUUGUCAUGGUAACUGCAUAUCUAACAAAGCGAUGCUGUAAUCCAUCUCCAGAGGCCCGGCUGGUGUACAUGUGCUAGCUAUGCUACGUGAAAACGGUUACUACACUAGCGUGAGAUUACCGUUACCAUGACGACACUGUUACCGAGUAGCUCGAGCUGACUCGUAUAUUUUGUAUUUUGUUAAUUUAUGUUAAAAAAAUAAAUAUCAGCUUAGACCUGAUUAUGGUUUAAAUCAGUCCUGGACCAAAGCCCACGUGAUCAUGAGAAGGUUUGGUUCAUCCGAUCAGAUCUCCAACACCUCCAGAUGUUUACUAUCGUGUCCAGCGUCCACUUUUAAUUUACUGACGAUUUAUUUAUUUAAUUUUUAAUAUCAUGGAGUAAAACUGAUGAAGCUCUGAAACAUCCCUGAGGUCGCAACACGAGUCGAGUCGUGACUCAUUUCUACUAGACGUAUGUUUUUUUCCAGUUGUUAAAUACAAUCUGGGACUCGAUCCGCCGACGUUAGCAGGCUAACAAUAAGACUCGACAACAGUUAGCAAACUAUCUUUGAAGCUAAUGUUUAGCCAACGAUGAAAUUGACGCGAUUGGAAGCUUAAUACACUCGAUUAGCCAGGACGCGUUUGGUCUGAUGUUUGCUUCUUGAUCUAAGAGGCUAAUGUAGCUAACAAGUGCGUAUAACUUAGAGCUGAAAGGUUAGCAUGGUGCAAGCCGCAUGCCUGAAUCUCCACACAUCGCGUCCCGGCUAAUCACCAAACUGUUAAGCGAACACUGAUGUACGUUUUAUUUUUGGACAAACGUGUGCUUUCAGACUUUACAACGUUAGCACUUAGCUGCUAACACUCACAGAAUAAAAUAGCACCCAUGUUAUAUAAUAAUCUCAUUUUUAAACUUUAUCUUUAAUCGAUUUUCAAUGCUAUCAAUCUGCACCCUGGACUUUGAUCCGAUCUGAUUGUCUGAUGUUGAUUAUUUAUUAGCUGCUUAGGUUUUUGUUUUCGUUGCUAAUCCUCUCUCUGAUAUCGUGCCAAAACGGUUUGGUUGCCAAAUGUUCCCGAAACAGGUGCACUGUCCCCUGUCCAGGUGGAACCCAGGUAUGUGUCUUCUCAGGCGACGUUUUCAAUUUAUUCAAGUUAUCUUUAACUAAGCUAAUGCUGCUAGCGUUAGCUUUUUAGGGUUCUUUUUUUUUUUUGUUAAUCUUCAUCAAAAAAGAAAAAAAAAAAAAAAAGGACUUGUGCAAGAUUUAAUUUAUGGUAUAUUCAAUUUUUUGGAAGAUAGUAUUUAGUCCGAAUCACAAUAUUUAAAAGUAUGAAUAUAAAACAUUAUUUAUUCUAUUAUAAUGUGCUAUUUUUUCCACGUUGAUGCUCUUUCUGGAUUUCGGAAGCGGCCGACGGACAGGAAGCGGAUUAUUCGCGAGGAGGAGGAAGACUGUGGGGGGGGGAUGUGAAGGAGAAGAGGAUGAUGUUAUGUUGCACCAUAUGUACUAAGUGCCAUAUUAAAAUAAUAUUAGGUUAUGAAAGAAAAUAUCAGUUUAAUGUUUUAAUUUGGUGAUCUGAUUGACAUGAUAUCGAUAUUUCAUAAUAAACUUCGUUAUGAACACCA